UAUGUAGGGAAGGGGAGGGGCAUGGAUCCAGCAGCGUUCCGCUGUCUUUCGAUGCAUCAGAAGACAAGAAGAUGGCGGCACUACGAGUGGUCGUGCUAUCGGGGAUUGGACGAGCCUUCCUAUGCACGCCAAAAAUGAUUAAGGCUCCUCGGGCCAACAUGUCGUUUGCCAGUCUACCCAGGUCAAAGAAGGUGGCCCUGACAACAUUGGGUGUGUUGACAACUGGAGGGGCCGGUCUGGCUCUGAUGCUGCAGCAGUCGGUUAAGGCUUCAGACCUGGAGCUUCAUCCCCCCAACUACCCCUGGACCCACAGCGGCAUGCUGUCAGCCCUCGACCACGCCAGCAUUCGCCGUGGAUAUCAGGUGUACAAGCAAGUGUGUUCAGCGUGUCACAGCAUGGAGUACCUGGCCUUCCGUAACUUGGUCGGAGUGUCGCACACAGAGGCCGAAGUGAAGGUUUUGGCUGAGGAGAUUGAGGUGGUGGAUGGCCCUGACGAGUCAGGAGAGAUGUUCACCCGUCCAGGAAAGCUCUCAGACUACUUCCCCAAGCCAUACCCAAACCCAGAAGCUGCCCGUGUGGCAAACGGGGGAGCCUUGCCCCCAGAUCUCAGCUACAUUGUCAAUGCCAGACAUGGAGGUGAAGACUAUGUGUUCUCCCUGCUGACAGGCUACUGUGAGCCCCCUGCUGGAGUGGAGGUGAGAGAGGGCCUCUACUACAACCCCUACUUCCCUGGCCAGGCCAUCGGCAUGGCUCCCCCCAUCUACAAUGAGGUCCUGGAGUUUGAGGACGGAACCCCAGCCACCAUGAGCCAGGUGGCCAAGGACGUGUGCACCUUCCUCCGGUGGGCGGCCGAGCCUGAGCACGACCAGCGCAAACGCAUGGGCCUGAAGCUGCUCAUGGGCUCUGCCAUCUUGAUCCCCCUGGUCUAUUACAUGAAGAGGCACAGGUGGUCGGUGCUGAAGAGCAGGAAGAUCGCUUACAGACCCCCAAAGUAAAGACCUAGACAGCUGCAUUCUGACUGCCCAUGUUGCUUCUCGGCUAAAAUUCUGACCCCUCUGAUUUGCGAUUGUCCUUUUAAAAAAAAAAACACAUGCAUUUAUGAUAUGGUUGCCCUAAUUCACUUUCUGGGUGACCUCUCAAUGAGUUAUUUUCUGCCAACGGGAAAGGAUGUAAACACAACCUCUAUUGUUUUACUGUACAAAAUAAAUUAUCGAAAGAAACAUGUCCAGGUUGUUGUCUAAUGGUUAACCUGUUCUUUGAUGGGACUCAAGUCCUGCAACCUUGUGCUGUUGGGAAUCUGUCACAUCAUGGGUUCUCUACACUUUGUUGUGUAAAUAUUGAAUAAACACUGGUGUACCGAAUAAACCAUGUUAUAACCUGUGA